AUGUCGUCCUACGACUCCAACAAGUCCAACUACCUCCACACCCAAUACGGGCAACACGCCCAAGCUCCGCCCUAUCCCACGACUCCCAACGCCCCCCAAUCGCAAACCUACUUUUCGCAAAUGCCUCAGCAGCAAUCUCAGCAAAUGUACUCCUCCUCGCCUCCCUAUGCUCAACCUUCGUUCCCCCACCAACAACACCAACCGCAACCGACCCGCCACACCCGCACAUCCUCGACAUCCUCCAUGUCGCACAGCUAUCCCCCUCCACCUCCCGGUCCCCCUCCAGCCACACAAUCCAGCCAACAACCCAUUGGCAUCCCAAUCCACCAACCCACCCCUCGUCACUACCACCCUUAUGCAUCUUCCUAUCCCCCUCCUGCUGCACCACCAGCGACAACAACAACAACAACGACAAGGACAACAAAUUACGCUCCGUACACUCGCUCAAUGUCGACGUACAGUCAGCACUAUGAGGAUGAGCAUGGAAACAGAUAUGGGAGUGGCAAUGGGAAUAGGGAUGCAAGUGGAGAGUUGGAUUCUGAGACGGAAAGAGAGUAUAAGAGGAGGUAUGCGAGGGAGAAGAGGAUGGAGAGGCGGCCGACGCUGGGGGGCAGUUUAUUGAGUAUGGUUGAUGCGGUGGGGAAGGCGUUUGGAGGGGGGAGGCACUGA